CUUUCUUCAUUAAAGUUUCGACUCAAUUUAUACCAAUUCUUCAGAGAUUUCUAAUUCGGGGCAAUAAAACUUAUUUAUUUGUCCAAAAUUUGGGAGGAGGGUGCUCGAAAUAACCAUGGGAGAAUCAUCAACAAGUUUAAUAUCCCAGAUUCGAAGUGAUGAAGCGAUUACAGACGAUCAAUUCAUUGCGAUUCUUACUCCUACAGAAUGGAUGGAGUCCACUCUUCUUGACCAAUAUAUUCUUGAUGUAAUUCGUGUAGACCAAAUAAUAAAUCCUGAAGAUGAGCGAAAGUUCGACUGUAUCACAUCCGAUGAGUGGAAAUCUUGUAGAAUUGAAAGAAACAACGAUUUCGAUUCGAGAUUUGCAUUAGCCACAGACGUCUUAGCUCCUAUUGUCCAGGACGGUCACAUCUACCUAUAUCAUAUUGCCAUUCCAGAAAAGCGUAUGACGCUCUACGACAGUCUAUGUAAUGGUAUUGUCCGUCAUAUUGAAAUUCAACAAGAACUAUCAAUUCUCUUCGAUAUAAAGGAGUUCGUAGUAGCAACCUGCCCUCAACAAAAAGAUGGAUAUAACUGCGGAUUUCAUGUAUCAUACUUUGCAAAAAUGUUAAUCACGGGAGACACCAGUCAAUGGAGCUUCGACCCGUUGGAGAUUACCUAGUAGGGCCAAUUGAAAUGACCAAUGAUUUCCGCUCCCCAAGAAAAUUAGUAGGAGUUAAGUUAGACAAUUGUACUAUUUUUUAUUGAAAUCCCCAUGCAAUUGUCGAUCAGAAACCAUGUUCCGCAUUUUUUUGUGACCCAAGGUGCCAAAGUGACAGAUCGGCCAAACCGACGUGUUACAAUUUUUGAGGAACAUUUUGGUAAACAAAAAAAUCGGGCAUUUUUCAAUUGCUCAAUAAAAAUCGGAACUGAACGCAUGAUGGUCGACCGUACCACAAAAUGAUCCACUGACACUGGCAGUGACGACUGCCGAAAAGGUAGCGGAAGGAGACGGUCAGAAAGGUCACUAAAAUUCACGAAGGCGCAAAAAAGUGGAUUCGUCGAAAUUCAUGCCGAGCCCUAAGAAAAUUUUUCUCACAAAUGAACGGAUGAAGUAAAAGUAAGUCCAAAGCCCUUAAACUAAACCUUGGACUUAUGUCUUCAAGACAUGAGGAGAAACACUUCCUAACUGUGCAAAUUUCAUUUAAAACUACUCCCUCUUGGGGGUGUGGUCAAAGGUCACUGUUUAUUGUAUCACGUUAACCUGGGGUGUUAUUUGAAACUCUAAUCCUAUACUAAAUUGUGUGUAACAUUGAGAUAGUAUAUAUAUGCGCACACCCAACGCCAGGGGUGUGGUCAAAGUACAAAUUUAAAAUUUCUGUUUCGAUUCACUAGACGAUGUAAUUUCAUCAAGUGACAAUAUUAGGUAGUUUUAUUAACUAUUUCUGUCCUCUGACAUCAUUUAAAGUGAAAUUACGGCCAAAAUUAAAAAUUUCGAAAUGCCUCCUCAGGCAGCUACCACUUCAUAAAAUUCCUCCCUUCGUAAUAAAUUUUUUAAGGGGUUUGUUUUACAAUUGUCCCUUCCCCAACCAAUCUAAAACAUAUUUCGAAGUAAUUGUGUUACUUGGAACACUCACAAAUUUCAUAGAUGACAAUCAUUAAUAACAAGAGGUGCCAAUUUGCAAAUAAAUACUUACAUAAAUAUGUA